CUCAUUUCAAGCUAAAAACAUGGUUUGGUCUCAGAAACAUCUCACCUCCUCAAUGCUCUUCUUCUUCUACUCCAUUUGCUUCCUCUCUUUCUUCUCUCGUCCUUCUCUUUCCGCCACGUUUCUCGUCGACGGUGUCUCUGUCUGGAAAGCCCCCACUGUUCAUGUCGGCGACUCUGUUAUUUUCAGACAUAAGUACGGAUACGAUCUCUACAUCUUCAGAAACAAAGAUGCAUUCAAUGUCUGCGACUUUACACAAGCCACUCUUCUUACAAAACCUAAUUCCACUUCCUUCUCGUGGUAUCCAUCAAGAACAGGCUCUUACUACUUUUCCUUCACAAACAACACAUCUCUUCCUAAAACUUGCCAACUCAACCAGAAGCUCACAGUCCAAGUCAUCUUCUCCGCGGCAUCACCGCCAUCGCAACCACCCGCAAUCUCCCCUGUUCCGGUAUCUGAAGGAGGAGUGAUCUCAUCUCCUUCCUCCUACCCUUGGCCAUUAGGUCCUAGAGAAGGUUCAGCUUUCUCUCCGGGACCAUCUCCAUCAGAGAUCACAUCGGUGACAGUUCCCGGUAAAGACGGAGUUCCGUUCAUUAACAGUAAUCCGGCGGUUCCACUCCCCACCGGAGAAGUUGACUCUACUUCCAUUAACCCUUUACCAACUUCCACUAAUUCAGCUAAUCAGGUGAUGAUGAUGACAUUAACGGUGAAGCUAGGUUUGUGUUGUGUAGCCAUGUUUUUUCUUCUUCUGUAGAGAAACAGAGCUUUUAAUGGAAGAAUGAUUACAUUUGUGAUCUUAUUGUUAAUCCAACAACUUAACUUUAGUAUUGUGUAAUCAUUCUCUCUUUAGCUUUUCUGUUUCUGUCUCUCUUAUGGUAGGGCUCUUGUUAGAAUCUUAGUGUUUAUUUAUUUUUAUUUUGAUGUUCAUUUUUAUAUAAUCAAUGUGCCUUAGUUUU